AUGCCCGUCUGGCCUUUCCGGCGACGGCGAGCUCAGACUCUCCAGGAUGGCUCGUCUAUACCGCCAGCAUCGCGCCAACAGACCGGCAUUUUGACCCCGGACCCGACAGACAACGCCGGCGCUCCAUCCGAACCAAAUCCGUUCGAUGAUCCAACCGCGACGCGUUCGAUAAAGAUCCCGAGCGGCCGAAAAGCUUCAUUCCCCUUCGCGACGCUCCCCGUCGAUCCCCUCUCUGCGCCACCACGUCGCGCAACAGAAGCGGCAAUCCCGCGAUCACGUCAAGACAGCCACGAAGAUGUCACAGCGCUACCCAACCCCCAGUCGCUAUCGACGAGCCCACAUCUGCGCUCUGCCAGUCUCAGCAGACCACAGAUCCCGUACAAUUUCCAUCGUAAAUUGAGCUCGAAUUCCGGCAGCCAGCAGACUUCGGAACCCGCCUCACGCGCCGUAUCGCCUGUGUCCAAGCGCAGCAGCAGACCAUAUGCUUCUCUCGGUCGCAAGGCAUCCGAUCGAUCGAAGAGGUCGUACGCAGGUGGCGCCAUUCGCGAAGAAGAUCUUCGAGAGAUGAAUGCGCCGUUGUCCAUACCGCAGCAGAGAGGGGAGAACCCGCUACAAGGCGAUGCUCAAAAGCUGAGGACUAAGGACUCUUCUGUUACACUCCCGGCUGAAGGCUCGCUACGUUCUUCAAUGACGGGAUGGAUCGAGCAGCGCGGGUGGGAGGUGAGCAAUUUCGCCAUCAUCAACCCUCGCCCGUCGGUGCGCUCGGCAGGACCGAUGGGUUUCGCGCCGAGUAGUCUCCCGGCCGAGCCUCCUUCGGGUGUGCUCUAUCGGAUUGAUUCUAUCCGAGCAGAGGGGGGCAAGCAACCCGUACGCGACCUGUCCAAGAAGAAAAAGAAAUAUCAGGCAGUGGGGAACGAGGCGGACGAACUUGACGCGAGCGAUUUGCGCGUCAUCAUGGAGCGCGAUGCAAAGCGUCGAGAACAGCGUCACAAGAACAUGGCAGACAAGCUGGAUCGCAAACUUCGCGCACAAGCUAGCCAGCAGCAGGAACUGAACGAGGGCCCCGUGCGUCGACAGGAUAGCAAUUUCACUGCGGAAGAGGUUCGAUCACGAAUCGAGGAAGAGCGCAAUGCGCGGACGAUGACGCCGCCGACCGAUGUGCACCCUGCGUUGCGCGCCUUCGCACCAGAUCUUCCAGCGGUGCCGCCACAGGAUCUGGGUAUCAGCGUGGACCGGGCGACGCCUGCUGAGGACCAACCCAACCCUUUUGUCGACCCCGAGAAUGAGGAUGCUUUUACGCUGGCUCCUGAACACGCACUGGAAGUACCACGAGGCCCUAGCGUCGCACCGAGCACGGCGAGGACCUCCUACGAGGAGGCAGAGAUCGGCACGGUCCAGACCUUGCGCAUGUCGCUCACGGCCACUCCUCCUCUGUCGCCCGUGAGAUCACGUAUCGCAGCGCCCACGGAAACCAUCUCCCGACAGACCCUCGCCGGAGCAAUCGAGACCACGCGUCCACCUAGCACUCUUCGUCACAGCUCCAUCACCACCGACACCCUCCGCGACAGCACUUACACCGCCGAAUCUCCCGUGUCGCCCGUAUCGCCCACCAAGGAGAAACGAAGCGGGCCAUGGGCGGCAUUCUUCCGACGAGGCACCACCAUCCGCAAACCCUCCGUCGUCAGCAAGGACCUCUCCUCCGAGGCCUCCUUCUCGAAUACUUCGCGCGAGUCGAUGCGCGCACAAUCCAUCCCGGCGCAUCUCGUUGACCUCCCGCUACCACCGGCGCCACGACCUCCCGCCGCACGUGCUCAAUCGGGUCCGCCCGUCCGCACGCAGAGUCGAUUCCGUGAGGAUUUGCCUGAGCUUCCGAUUUCGCCGCCGGCCUCUCGGACCGCUACGCCUGAUGUUCUCCUCGCAGCAGCCGCCCGACGAAUCGCCCGAUCGCCCGACCUCGCUGCCGGGUCCAGCGCAAACGGACGGAAAUCUUCCUUGGCUGACAUCAUGCACGCCGAACGUGAAUCCGACACGCAAUCCUACAACCAACGGCAGGCCGAAUUCGGUUCGAGCUUUGAGGAGCUCGGCGGGGUGGAUAUCGAUGCGGACUAUCUCCGGCGCAACAGCCACCGCGUGUCCUCGCUCCUCGCGAGCUCUUCCGCGACCCCUCAUCAGGAAAUCUCACGUCCCGUCUCACCUCUCUCCGACGACGGCACCGGCGCACCCUCCUCUUCAGCCGCCAACGAACCCAUCACCACCUUCGGCAGCGUCCGCCGCAAAGCCACCCUCGUCGCCGGCGACGCCCGCGUCCGAUCCCGAGAAGGGCUCCUCUCCGAAUACAUCUCCUCCGGCGGCAACAGCAGCAGCCAUGCCAACUCCCCCCAACAGCAGCAGCAACCCUCCUCCUCGUACGUGAUCCAUCCCCACGACUCCGCCGCCUACGACUCCGCAGCCAUCUCCCCCAUCACAUCCACCACCGCCACCACCACCGAAAACGGCUCCCCCCACCCCGGCUCCUCCCCCGACGACGACAAUGAAUCCGAGUUCACCCCCAGCGAGGUCAUCGACGCCGAGCUCCGCCACGCCAAAAGCGUCUCCUAUGCGCCCCAGGGCCACUCGCGGCAGUUCUCCGCCGGCAGCGCCCGGCUGCUGGACGUCCGCCGCAGCACGGCCGAUCCGGACAAAACCGGGGAGACCCCUGUCUCUUCUUCUGCUGGCAUGGCGAACUCGGGUUCGAGGCCGUCGACCGGAGCGACCGCCACGGAGAGGAAUUCGAGGGUUUGA